AUGGUUCUAUUCAUUGGGUCUUGUAAUGGCUUAGUAUGUGUUGAUUUUGACGACACUUGGGACGAAAUAAUAUUAUGGAACCCGUCUACUCGAGAAUAUAAGACGAUACCUAAACCACCAGUUGGAGAUGGGCGUGUGAAGGAUAUUAUUUAUGGGUUUGGUUAUGAUCAGAAGACUUGUGAUUACAAGUUAAUACGAGUCGUUUCUUAUCGUCGAUAUGAUACUGAUUCCGAAGUUCUGGUUUAUACUUUAGGGUCAAAUUCAUGGAAAAAAAAUGAAAACAUUCCUUAUAAUAUAGUUGGUGCUACGGUGUCUACAAAGCCUUCAAAUGGAGCUGUACAUUGGGUAGCAAAAAAGGGUAUGAAUAAGAUGGAUCCAACGAAAGCAACAAAGGUUAUAGUUUCUUUGGAUAUAGCAGAAGAGGUAACCAAAGAGAUCCAAAUGCCUAGUUGCUUUAAAACUCAUCCAGUUAGCGUGGAAGAUCUAGGUGUGCUCGGUGAGGACCUUUACCUCUCAGUUGAAGAUGAUCGUGAAGACAAAUUCGAUGUAUGGGUAAUGAAGGAAUAUGGAGUCGCAGAUUCUUGGACUAAAAUGUUGAGUGUUUCCAGAGAAGAGAUAAAUUGGCUUAGCCCAAAGGCCAAUUACUGGCACAGCUUACAAGAAUUAGAAUGGCUUAGCUUGACGCCGCUGCAACUUUUCAGAAAGAAGGGUGAGAUCCUAUUCGUGGUUGAGUGUCAUUUAGGAGACUAUAAUGAGAGCUCUUUAGUGUCAUACGACCAAAAAAAUGGAAAAGUUAGUAGGAUAUCUAACGUUCAAGACAUUCCGGAUUACUUUUCUGCAGAAACUUACGUUGAAAGCCUAGUUUCAGUGAAUUCGGGUGAAUAUAUAUAG